CUCUCACUCUCUCCGUGUAGAAGAAGUAGUCCGCCAGUCGCCCAGUCUCCCUGCUAGACCUCUCGGCAAGGUGUCUGCCCGGCUACCGCCGUCGCACGCCACAACUCUGCCCUGAAGACACCCGCCCUGCCCCGGGUCCCUUUGACCAAACUUCCCCCCCGGUGAUACCAGCCCGAUCUUUUUUUUCUGCGGCAAUGGCGACCAGUGCGAAGCGAAAGCAGGAGGAGACCCAUCUGAAGAUGCUCCGGGAAAUGACUAGCCUGCCCGCGAAUAGGAAAUGCUUCGACUGCGACCAGCGCGGCCCGACCUAUGUCAACAUGACAGUGGGCUCCUUCGUCUGUACCACCUGCUCCGGCAUCUUGCGAGGACUGAAUCCCCCGCACAGAGUGAAGUCCAUCUCUAUGACCACAUUCACACAUCAGGAAAUUGAGUUCCUACAGAAACACAGCAAUGAGGUCUGUAAACACAUCUGGUUGGGCCUCUAUGACGACAGGACAUCAGUUGUUCCAGAUUUCCGAGAACCACAGAAAGUAAAAGAGUUCCUUCAGGAAAAAUACGAAAAGAAAAGAUGGUAUGUUCCUCCUGACCAGGCAAGGGCAGCAGUAAGUGUCCAAGCCUCUGUGUCCGGCUCCUCAGCCAGCAGCACUGGUAGUACCCCAGAAGUCCAACCCCUCAAGACCCUGCAGCUCAACAGGACCCCACUGCGCCAGUCUCCAGGGGUAGCUCGUUCCCAGGCCCACAGCGCUGCUCAGGAGAAGAAGUUUGACUUACUCUCGGACCUGGGAGGAGACAUCUUUGCUGCCCCACCCACUCAAACUUCCAGCUCUACCAACUUUGCCAACUUUGCACAUUUUCCAAGCCAGUCAGCACCUCAGGGUAAUUCAAAUACCAACUUUGCCAACUUUGAGGCAUUUGGAAACACUGCAAUUUCAUCCCAUCUGAGCACGUCGCCCCCCUCAAAGUCCUUUUCAUCAGGGGGAGGUGUGCCAAUCCCGUCAAUGUCUAGUGCCGUCCCCGCCCAGUCACAGACAGGGAGCCGCGCAGAGGAUCGCUAUGCUGCUCUGGCUGAGUUGGACAACGAGCUCAGCACCACUGUCUCCACAGGCAGCAAUGUGCCAGGGAACAUAUUCGGACCAGUUCUUGGUUCAUCGCCAGCCCAGAAUCCACCCGUGUUACCCAGCAUGCAGCCUGGCUUUGGAGCCGUCCCAUCCACCAAUCCCUUUGUCGCUGCAGCCGUUGCCCCGGAGAUGGCCACCAACCCUUUCCAGACCAAUGGCAGAGCUCCAGCUGCAGCCUCAUUUGGCACUGGCUCUAUGAGCAUGCCCGCCGGCUUUGGGAAUGCGUCUUCCUACUGCCUCCCGACCAGUUUCAGUGGAAACUUCCAGCAGCAAUUCCCUGGCCAGGCUCCCAUCCCUUACACUCAACCUGGGGCCUACCACCCUCAGUCUAAUGGCCCUGCAUUCCCAGUCUACGGUCAGAACAAGCCCUCCAUGACGACCUUUGGGCAACCCAUGGCUGGCCCUGGCAUGUCCAAUAAUCCAUUCAUGGCAGGAGCUCCAGCUGGGUCGUUCCCUUCAGGGGGUUCAUCCACCAACCCUUUUCUGUAGCACAGCUCCCCGUUGUCGCCACCAGAGGGCAGCAUGCAGCACAUAUUCAACGCACCAGUUCCCUCAUGCAAUUAGAGGCAGUACAUUUUUUUAAAAGACUUACAUUUUUCUUUUGUUUUUUCCCCCCCAAAAAAAAGUUUACAACACUAUGAAGGAGUACAAAGGACUUUAUUGAAGACUAAGGGACUGUUAUGGGGGGAAAUGUACUGUUUGGACUAUAUUACAAUACAUUAUAUGCUUUUUAUUUUUUGUUUAUAACUGUAAGCUCUGUGCAUAUCAUAAUUUGUAAUCACAAUUUAAGUACAUGUUAUGUAUAACAAGGACUGAGUUAACAAGGGUGAGUAUACACACACCUUGUGGAAAAAAACCCACUGCAAACUAUCUACAUAGGUAACGGUAUACAUGUUAAGAUUAUUAACAGGGUUCCAUCCAAAUCUAUGAUCUGUGGUUUGAAUGAUGAUGCAAGUAUUUUAAUUUUCAAAAGGGAUUUUCUUUUGUUAUUUUAGCAUAAUUGCUACUAUACUGGCACUACAAAAUGUGCAAAAUAUCCUUUAUGAACUUACAGCUCCAAGUUUCCUAUAACCCAAAGCAACCAAACCCACAUCUUUUUAUAAUAGUGUGAACAGAUGGUGGAUGGGACACAGCAUCGAUCCUGGACUAUUAGUCACCCUUUUAAAUAUUGCCAAUAUCUGUGAAAUUGUGAAAAAGGACUAAGGGGCAAAUUUUGGUUUGAAACCAAGGGCAGCUCGUUGAAUAUGAGGCCAGCAGAGAGAUGUUAUAGCCCACCAAGUAAAGGGACAGGGUGUCUACUAGAACACAAAUGGAGAACCAAGAAGUGCAGCCAUUAAGAUAAUUUUACAGAACCCUACCUGAACUAUAAAACACUUAAAUUUGUUAAAUAUACUCUAAUUUACCUCUCCUGUUGGUUGAAGAUGUCCGAGAAGCAAAUUUCAGAUAUUCACUAUAUUUUACAAAUAUGGUAAAGGCAAAAGGAAAGACUGUUAAGAAAGCUUCAGGGUUGUAGGUGUGACCCAAAUUGGGUUGCCUCAAAACACUUAGUUAUUCACAUGGUUGCCGGUGACUUACCUAACCUCAUGACAGGGAAUGACAGGUUUACCAGACCCUGCCUUGGCAAAAAAUAUUUACAUUUGAAAACAAAAUAUUUAUGAAACGUUAGUUAUGUUGUAUUCACCACACUCCUUUCACAUCUGUCUUCUUCUUUGCCUUCUAAUUAAAGCACUUUUGGAGUGAAGAACAGGAUGAGGAGAGAAAUUGUGAUCUACCUUCAAUUUGAUUUAAGAUGAGGCAAGGGACAAGAACAGAUUAAUUUAGGGAUUAUUACAUUACUGGAUCAGCCAGGGUCUCUAUUGUGCCACCAAUGACUAACAAUGAAUUUGACAAUGUGUUUCUUGUCUAUACAAGAAUAGGUAAGUAAAUGUGUACAUAUAUAAAUAACGUUAUAUGUAUAAAUAAAUUAAAAGAUUUUUAACUACAA